AUGGAAGCAACUUGCAGAACUACAAAGAAAUGGAUUCUAAUUAGUUGUGAAGGAAGUGGCAGCAUGAUGUGUGUGCGAAGAAGCCUCGGUGGAUGGAUAUGCCCUGCUAAUUACAUCCUUGAAACCCAUUUCCACACUUCGGCAUACAUAGGUUCCAUUGGCCGUUAUGCCAAGCUGCAGAAGCGUAAGGACCCGCUAGCUGGUUAUCCACCAGAGUUCCGCGCAAAACUCAAAGAGUGGCCAAAACUACUUCAGGCUGAAAUUGAUGAGAGCGUCUCUCACCUGAAAGAGCUUCGAGAAGUCAGUGAUCUCCCAACUUUGGAAGACCGUGGACUGCUGCUGGGUAAUCUUCGAUUGGUGUCCGAUGACUUGCAUCCAAUCACAGGGCGUACUGUGAUUUUGAAAAGGAUUCCCUCCCCUAACGGAACUGAUCGAUCGAAGCUUUUUCGUGCAGGAGCUCCUGUUGCCAUUCGCGAUGCAAAGACGUUGCGAGAAAUCGCCGAGUGUGUGAUGUUGGCAUCGAAUCGGAAGGAAAUCAAGAUCAAAAUUCGCCCUUCGAGUGCAUCGCGGCAUUUGGAUGGUGACACUGACUACAUUCUCACAAUGUCUCAAUCUAGCGGUGCUCUUCAUUCCGUGCAGGACUUCUUUCUGCAGAACAAAGUGGUCGAUACGCCUGGUGUGGAUUUAUUAGGAUAUGCCUUCAGAGCAAAGAACAUGCCAUCCAUACAUAAUGAUAGAAUGGUGGCGGACCUUUCCGAUGAAUUGAAUGAAAGUCAACGUCGGGCUGUUAGCGCUGCGCUCAACAAAAGACGACCGUUCGUGACAAUCCAAGGCCCACCAGGUACUGGAAAAACGCGAGUUGUGGCUGAAAUAGUUCGGCAGUUGUUGAACAGGAAGCUCAAGGUCUUAGUUUGUGCUCCAUCUAACGUGGCGGUUGAUAAGGUCAUGUCAGAAGUCAUCAAGUUGCUCGGUAGUGAACAGCUUGAACAAGAAGCUACAUGUGACGGGAAACGUGAUAUGAUUUCUGAUGCGGAAACGAUCGAGGAGGCCAUCACAUCUAAUGAAAAAUAUCCUGAGCUGUGCGAUAUGUUCGAUAAAAUGAAUGCUUCAACAGAUCAGGCGGUUCGAGGAAAGCUCAAGAAUGACGCGAACAAGCUGAAAUGGAAGAUCAUAAAGGAGUCCUACAAGAAGCGCCUUGCCAUUUUCUGCACGUUGACGUCGUCAGCUAUUCAACGAUUGUCGCAGGUGAAUUGGCAUCCGGAUGUUAUAAUUAUAGACGAAGCUGCGCAGGCGUCGGAACCUGUUGCCUGGGCAGCGGUUGUUCAAGCGAAGCGAUGUAUUCUAGCUGGUGAUCAUGCACAACUUCCUUCUACAAUCCUCUCUGAAGCUGCUCGCAAAGGAAACCUUGACGUCUCUCUGAUGGAAAGGCUCGCGAAGGAAUUUGUUAAUGUGAAUAUCAAUCAAUUGCUAACCGUUCAAUACAGAAUGAAUGAGAAGAUCAUGCAGUGGUCCUCAAGGGAGUUCUACGAGUCACGGCUCGUGGCUGCGGAAGAAGUGUCAAAUAUUACGUUGAGUGAAAUUUCCUUCAUCUCGAGUGAUUCUCCACUGAACAAUCCACUAAUAAUGAUAGACACUGAUCUCGGGAAAGAUAGAGCUCAUCUCUGCAGGGAGUUGCCUUCCUCAGAUGUCUUUCAAAGAAUCCAG